AUGUCCAAAUGCGCGGCAUCCGAGUCUCAUGAUGACGAACCUACCUCGAAAUGCAUCAGGAAUCAUGAAGGAACGAGAGCACCAUCACUGCUGGCAGAUCAUGGCACAUGGCACAUUCUGGAACAGUACCUCACUACUGAGAUGACCUACCCUCAGAUGGAGGCGGCCUUUGCCUCGUACUUGGGCAAUCAAUACAACACAGAUGAUUGGAAAGAAGCUCAUGAUGUGUUGUUCUCUGUCGUUACCCUGUGGAAAGAUUCUGCCAUAUCUGUGUCUGCCCUGAAGGCAGCCAUUCGCUCAAAAAGCACAUGUGUCCGAAGACCAAAACAUCCCUUUAUUGAUGAUGAGGCAUCUGAUGAUGAUGAUGAUGAGGAGGAGGAGGCAGAGGAGGAAAACUCGCAGGUGGAUGGCGAUGAUGGCCCUUCUAUGCGGUCAUUGAACAUUACAUGCUUGCAAGGACCUUUGUCAGCCAAGGAUAGGCUAUCCACAGUGAUCAAUCACAUCUCCAACAGGUAUGAGAAUGCCCCAAGCACCUGUCAUAGAGUGGUCCCAUCCUCCAGUGCUGUCCCAAGCAGGAUGUACCUUCUCCAUGUUCACAGAUCUGCUAUGCAAUGUGUUGCUGAACAUCUCAGGAGCAAUGGUAUUGCAGUUACCAUAUCACCUUGGAUACCAAGCCAGCUCUAUGCUGUCUCAGAUAGCCCUAGAACGAUUGUGACAUCACUUAAAUUACUCUCUUCCUCUGUGAAAGAUUAUACUCACAUCUUGGAGGAAGAAUGA